GAGCGGCCGGAAAGCUAUACUAGUAUCACCGGAGGUACCACCAAUUCGAAAGUCAGAGAUCUUAGCCAAAGCGAAUGCGACGACUCCGACGAUGUCGACCGGUCUGAUGGCAACGGAAACGGAUCCAGCAAUGCGCUGACUAUACCGCGAGUGAAGAUUAGCUUCACCAACCAACCCCAUGAACGUAUGAAGAAAUUUUCUCCAAGGUAUGGAAGAAGCGUCGGUAGUGGAUGGGGUACUUGA